UUUUGAUUCUAAUCUCUCGCUCCCUGGACCCUCGCUCUCUCUCUAUUUCUCGCCCUCUCUCCCUAGCAGGAGGCACUCAUUUCCUUCAUAAGCCACUAUCAAGAAGUAGUCUUUUCAGCCAAAGUUUGAUAGGGGGGUGAGAGAGGGAGAGCGCUUCACUCCAUAGUUUCUGUAUUAUUUUCUCACACCACUCGCUGUUUCCUCAACAUUCACGGUUUUUUCCAAAUUUCUUUUGGAAAAUCUAUACUCUUCGUCCACAAUACUUGAAACCAAUCUGUACUUAAAACCCACGCUUUCGCUCCCAUUUCUAAUCUGAUGCAACUUGUUAUUUAGAGAGAGAGAGAGAGAGAGAGAGAGUUUUCUUAAGCCUUGAAAAAUGGCACCAAGUUUCGACUCCGCAGUUUCAAGCCUUCUUUGUGCGGAAGACAACUGCAUUUUCGAUGAAAACGAUUAUGGAACAGCGGAGGAGUUUGAGACCACGUGGCGUUAUAGGAAUCGUCGAAACCAUAGUCAAGACCGGGCCUAUGGUGACGGCGAUGGAUUACCGCUGCAGAGUGACGAGAGUUUGGCUAUGAUGGUCGGAAAGGAAUGCCAACAUUUGCCUGCUCUUGAUUACUUGAAGAGGCUGCGGAGCGGAGAUUUUGACUUGGGAGCUAGAAGAAAAGCUGUUGAUUGGAUAUUGAAGGUUCAUGCCCAUUUCAGCUUUGGACCUCUGUGUGCAUAUUUAGCUAUAAACUACUUGGAUCGUUUCCUUUCUGCUUAUGAAUUUCCUAAGAGCAAACCUUGGACAAUGCAAUUGUUGGCCGUCGCAUGUUUAUCUCUUGCUGCCAAAGUGGAGGAGACAGAAGUUCCUCUAUCUCUAGAUUUGCAGGUGGGUGAUACAAAAUUUGUGUUUGAAGCAAGAACAAUUCAAAGGAUGGAACUUUUGGUUCUGAGUACCUUGAGGUGGAGAAUGCAAGCAGUUACCCCUUUCUCAUUCAUAGACUACUUCCUUUGCAAGAUCAACGGUGAUCCAACCCCACUAAGAACAUCAAUCUUGAGAUCAAUCCAACUCAUAUUAAGCACACUUAAAGGGAUUGAUUUCUUGGAGUUCAGGCCUUCAGAGGUUGCAGCAGCGGUGGCAAUAGCUGUUGCAGAAGAAACCCAAACAAUAGACACGGAGACAGCAACUUCUCUUCUCAGUCAACAUGUAGAAAAGGAGAGAGUGGUCAAAUGUAUCAUGAUGAUCCGUGAUUUUUUAUUAAUUAAUAAUGGUUCUGUUUCAAUCACAUCUGUUCCCCAAAGCCCAAUUGGGGUGUUGGAUGCGGCAUGCUUGAGCUAUAAAAGUGAUGAGGUUACAGUUGAUUCAUGUGCAAGUUCUUCACAUAAUAGCCCGGAUGCUAAAAGGAGGAAGCUAAACAGAACCUUUGAAGUGGGGCUAUAAAGUCGUGGAAUGUGUAGAUUAUGUGGGAUUAUCACUUCAGUACCCCUGAACAAACGUGUGAUUUUGUUACCUUAGGAACUUUGGUUUGUUUAUGAAGGUGCCUCUUGAAAGAUACCCAAGGAAUACUGCCAGACAAAGAGAGGGAUUAAAAAGGAAAAGGAGGGUGGAAUAAAAUUUUGGAGGAGGCCAUACGAAGACGUGAGAAGUUGAGUCAUGGGUAGAGGAUGGAGGAUGAGGAAUGGAAUCAGUGUAUUUCAUGAUCUUAGCGUGAAGAAAGGUCGCCAGCUGUUAAUUAUUAGACAUCUUAACGGCUAGAGACUAGAGACAGUAGAGAAAUGAGACCGGUGAAAAAAAAAAAAAAAAAAA